AUGAUCUUAAAAAAUGUUGCAAGAUUUCGGAGGUACCGACAGUGUUGUUAAGCAUUUGAGUAAAAGUAUAUGUGUGUAUUGGUAUUUAAAUUCUUUUCCAAGAAUUUAAUACGUAUUUUAAAAUACUGUUUAUUUAUAAGUAUUGAAAUACAUUUUAAAUAGUUGUUUCCACUAGUCAACACUGGAGUAUUAAAUACUUAACCUCAAUUACUUUUUCUGAAUUUUCAAUUUAAAAUAUUUUUGAAUUGUCGUUCAAAUUAUACGAUAACGUCCAAAAUCGUAAUAUAGGUAGGUACCCAGUCGACAGUGCACGACAGCGUCGCGUCUCAGUAUAAUUGUCUAAUAUAAUUUACGCACAUAUUUUUCAAAAUUAUUUUUUACAACACCGGCCACUGGGUACCAACACAAAAUCUAAUAUUAAAUUUCGAUUCCCGUAUAAAAAUAAUAUUAUAAAUACUCAAUAACCAUGUUUUAGACGAGUCAAUGCUCGGAACGCCGGACCAAUGAAUUCGUUACGAAUUGUCAGUACGUUGUCAAUAUUUAGAAAUAUAAUAUACACCGCGAAUAUUUUAUAUUUUAUUCGAUAUUAUUUAUGUGUUUUGCCGUUUUAUAGGUUCAUAGGCGAACUGUUUAACUUCGGGGUUUAUCCCAAAGAAAUUGUAUGGUCGUUCGUAAACCAUCUGGUGAAUGGACACAGUUGUGAAGUACAAGUCCGAUGCUUGUGCGCCCUCUUGACGUUGGUAGCACCGAAACUGUCGGAGGUAAAAUACGCAUUUGUAUAAAAAAAUGAAAUAACAUUAUAAAUUGCGCACUCGAUAAUAACGCAUGUUAAAAUCAAUAACCAAUAGACUUACUUCGUGACAAGGGAGAUGUUAUUUGAAAUGAGAAGAAACAUAAACUCUAUGACUACUUCAGAACUCGACGGCGAAGAUAGCACUUCCUUCAUGACCGAGUACAGUGAAGAAAUAAAUGGCGAUUCGAUGCAGCCCGCGAUCGAAACAUCGGUCGAUUCGGUCAAUCCGGAACCCUGUAGUGGUUCGAUUAUCAUAUCCAAUUAUCAUGAUAUCACCGCCAAUAACGCUCCGCUUACGUUCAGUGAGGCCGAAGGUAGUUUCGCAUUUCCUCAGCGUUAUUACGCUACAUUGAGCCAUAGUUCGGUUAGAUUCCCAUUGACGGGAAAUUUUCACCCAUAG